CGGGGAUCAGUGGGAACUAAGGCUUUGCCUUUAAGGCGAAAAUUUCUCCAUUUUAGGGGACAAAAAAUUAGGGCCGAUCACUUUUAGCAGUGUCUUUGUUUUAAAGAAUAGUCUAGCUUUUAGAAAGAAAUAUCUUUUUUCUUCCAUGGAUAUUUACACCAAGGUAAUGCCGCAAGAUUCUGGAAGUAAAAUUGCGUAGAAUCGCACCGUUGUUUGUGUAUUUAUUUUGAUGUUACUUUAGUCUAGCCUUUGAUGAGCAGACUUCACAAUCUGUUUGAGCUUUUUCUGCUGCGUUAAUGGCGACCGCAGCUUAUAUUUCAACUAGUUUCUUCUUUGCAGCGUUUUGUUUAUACUCUCUUUUAUAGUUUUUUUUCCCCCCAAUAAUUAAAACGAAGAUAGUUGUGAACAGAGUGGGCCUUUCAAGUUUGGAAGUAACUAAAUAAAAACGUUGGCUUUUGCACUGUUAAUAGCCUGUUUUGCGAACGAUAAACAUUUUGAGGUUGGCAACCGUUUGCUUUGAUUGUAGCUAUGACCGAAACGGCGAAUUUGCUUUCUAUAAGUGUCACUGUUGUGAAAGGCUUUUCUCUUUUCUGAAAUUCGCGCGCGCGUGUGUGUAUGUGUGUGUUGGGGGGGGGGGGGGGAGUUCAAAAAUGGAAGAUCUUUGGCUGCGCGGUGUUAAAUCGUUGAAGGGUGGAGAGGAGUAUGUUUUUUUUCUUCAUCAAUCCAAGCAGAAGUCCAGUUCAUGACAACAAUCAAAUACACAACCAUAAUAAUAAUGACAGGAGGAAGAAAGAGGAAGCGGGGCAGUGCGUUCACAAUAGGUGUUCUCCCUCCCCUAAUUAAAAAAAGCAAGGAGCAAUGGCCUGAAUGUGGAAAAGAGAUUAGAAUUCGUUCGUCUCUCCAUCAAUUCUCUGUUUAAUGUCACUGAGCUCCAUUGUGUGAGAAGAGGACGCGUCAUCCAGCCGUAAAUUCGUGAUCAUAGAGCCUUAUUGAAGAGACUAGUGUGUGUUCGGAUGAAUUUUCUUCGCGCGCAUAACUAGGGAUCUGUUUUCGAAUGGAAGAGACUUAUCAGCAGGAUAAAAAAAAUACAUUUGUACUUAUGUCCUUCUUUGCGGGGAAAAAGGACCUGGUUUCCCACGAUUAAAAUAGUCAAAGCGUGUGUGAUGUUCUGAACAUCAACCUCUCUGCCGACUGGAAAUGGAUUGUAAUUGAGCGUCGGGAAACUUGAGAAGCAUUUCCACCGUUUCCGCAUUUUAACAUCAGCGUUUCCAGGAUUUGUAUUUUUGGUUCGUGUCUCGCGUAAAGCUAAAUCGCGCUGUCCGUAUAUAUUUUUGGUUUGCAACACGGACGGUCGUUUGUAAUAGAAAAGAAUGAUCGGAGGCCACUAUUUAGUCUGGAAAAAUCAACGAUGUACUCUGAAUGCAAGACCUAAACUCCAGAAGGGAUUAUAAUAUUUGGGUUGCGUUUGACGCACUCCGUCUACUCCCUGGAUUUCGGAAUUAUCAUUUUUCGACGCAAUGGAAGGCCGGGAUUUCGCUCCUCCACCGCACCUACUGUCUGAACGGGGCGCGUUGGUUCACCGCGCCGCCUCUCGGAUUGCUUCUACCGGCCACAGUUCCGUACAACACCCCGGUCACUUCCAGCCUGGAAAAUAUUACCCAUCGCACAUCCCAAUGGCUCCUCACUCAGGCAGUGGACUGAUGGGGAACUCGUCUCCCUCCUUCACCUUCCUGGCCAGCAGUUUGGGGUCGCCCCCCUCACACCCAGCUCACCCCUCCAGACCCCCCUCCUCGCCCUCCUCGCCCUCGUUUCACAGCAGACCGCACUCCAGCGCCUCUCAGAUCUGGUUCCCACACUCACACGAAGCAGCCCCCGGGUAUCCCCGCUUCUCAGGAAGCCUGGCCCCUACCUUCCUUCCCAUGAGCCACCUGGAUCACCAUGGCAACAGUAGUGUCCUCUACGGGCAGCACCGUUUCUAUGACACCCAAAAAGAGAAUUUCUAUCUCCGAAGCCUCCCUUCCCAGCCCCCCCUCCUCUCAUCCAAUCACAGCCUCCCUCCCCUCCCUCGAACGGGGACGGGGCACCCCCUGGGGUCCUGCAGCCGAGAGCGGGACUCGGGGGGAGGGUUGCUGAAUAAGGGCCCAAAGGAGGGGGAGGUCGAGCGGGGGCCGGUCCAGGGCCACAAGGAGAAGGAGAGAGCCGGUGGCAAACAGGACGCCAAGGAGAGGCAGCACCACGGGCUGCACCCACCUCCCCACGCCCAGCACCACCACCCCCACUACCCUCAGCACGCUGCCCCGCUGGAGGAGGACGGCAGCCGGGGGAUGGGGUACAAGGAGCACCCCCUGGCCCGCGCCAAGCCCCUGAGCGCCUGCCUGCUGAACGGCAAAGUGGCGGGCGGGGAGUCGGGGGCCGGCGCCAAAGGCUCCCUGUCCAGCUGCGGGGGGGCAGGGGGCGGGGCCGGGAGCAGCGCCGCCGCCAGGCACAUGGGGGCGGGGGCAAACGGGCGCUGCGGCAAAGAGGGCGUGAGCGGGGAGAUGCGGAUCAGCGAGCACCCGUCGGACUGUCUGGAGAGGGGGCAGGUCCUCCACCACUCCGUGCCCUAUUCCGUGCCCCCGCCUCUGCCCGUGGGCCCCGCGUCGGGAGGGGGCAACCCCGGGGGCUUCCACUGCCUGCAGCUGCACCCCGGCCACGCCCACCACGCCCCCCAACCUCACCCCCACCACCCGCACCACCCCCACCACCCGCAUCACCACCACCACCACCACCACCACCCGCCCGACUUCUACUGCCCGCCCCCGCACCCGCACCCGCCCGCCCCGCUCGCCAACCCCUCCCCGCACGAGAAGGGCCUGCCCGCGGGGGGGCGCGACCCCAAGGUGACGGGGCCCACCUUCGUGCCGUCCGUGGGGCACCUGGGGGAGAAGGGCGGAGGGCCCUUCCAGCUGGGACACCCGGACUGUCGCGGGGCGGGAGGGGGCGGAGCCGCCAAGGACAGGGGGAUGGAGAAGAGCGGCAGCGGAGGCGGGGUCCCGCUGCCCCACCCCUCGGGCAGCUGGCAGAGGAAACAGCAGCAGCAGCAGCAGCAGCAGCAGCAGCACGCGUACGGGAAAGCGGACAAGGCCCCUGAUUGGCUGCAGCCGCACCACCAGCACCUGCAGCAGCAGCAGCCGCAGCACCAUCAGCACCCGGGCCCCCGGUCCCGCAGCGCCGACUGCAUCAGCAACGCCGCCGACGUGGACGUGUACCGGCCCUCGCUGCCGCAGGGCGCCAAGGGCGGGCACUCGGGGGGCGCGGUCGGCGCCCUGGCCUACCAGGACUGCUCGCUGUCGGGACCGCCCCCCGGCACGCCGCCCCGCGACGCCAAGGCCGCGCCCCAGCAGGGCGGGGGGGGCGUGUGCGCCAUGCAGCGCGACGGCGGGCAGAAGGUCGCCCGCAUCCGCCACCAGCAGCACAACAGGGCGGGGCCCGACGGGGCGGAGCUGGCGCAGGCCGGGGGCGGGCAGGACCACGCCAAGCGGAAGAUGGACGCGCCCUCCCUCGGCUACGGCGGCCGCGGGCACCAGCAGCCGCACGGGCAGCAGCAGCAGCAGCAGCAGCAGCUGGCGUCUCUGCCCCCCUGGGCGGUCAGGGCCCACCACAUCCACCCGGAGGAGGAGCAGCGCAAGGCCUGCCUGGAGUCGUUUGGAGGGGGCGUGGCCGGGGGCGGGGUCAGACCUCAGGGCCAGCAGCAGCAGCAGCAGCAGCAGCAGCAGCCAGGGAUGGGCCUGUCCCCCGGCCCCCAGGACCUGCACGGGCCCCAGGGCGAGGGGAACGCCAUGAAGAGUCUGCUGAAGUACAGCAGCCAGCAGCAGCCGCUCCUGCUCUCCCAGAAGAGCCCCUUCGGCGGCCUCGGCACGCUGAGGAACGGGGGCGCGAGCGCGAACGGGAGCGGGAGCGGGAGCAGCUGCGUCCUGCAGGGCAGCAAGCAGGCCCUGCCCCCGCGGAAGGGCCCGCCCAACGAGGGCGACCGGCCGGACUGCGGAGGGAGAGCCCGGGAGGUGGCGGAGGUGCACCCGGGGGAGGGGGAGGUGCGCCAGCCCCCCGUCGGCAUCGCCGUAGCCGUCGCCAGGCAGAGGGAGCCGCCCUGCCGUCCCCUGGACGGUCACGCCGGCCAAAGCCGCCAGGGCAGGGUGCUACCCGGCAUGAAAGGCGUGUCGCGUUCCGUGUUUCCGUUGGACCCGGAUGGAGACGAGGAGAGGAAGAGGCUGUGUGGAGAGCAGCUUGGCCUGUCCUGCCUGGACCGAGAACGAGAGCUGCUUAUCAGGGACAACAAGGAGAGGGUUGAAUUCGCCAGGAUCCAUCCCUCUAGCAGUUGCCACGGUGAUCUCACCUCUCACCUCAUGGUUCCCAGCGGGGCUUCCUUACAGUCCAGCCAAUUAGGUGCAGAUCCUGCUGCCCACGCCCAUCCUGCCCAUCACCAUUGGAUGCCACGGACAGGAAGUCCUUCCUUGUGGAUGACAGGCCACUCCUACGGGAUCGGCCACACAGCGCUGCACCAGAACCUUCCGCCGGGCUUCUCCACGGCCAUGGCCAGCCCCCUGCAGCCGGUGCUGCCGCUGCCCCAGGACCCAUCCGCGCAGCUGGUGGUGCUGCCCGCCGAGCCCCCCGCCCACCUCGAUGUGAUGGAGCAGCCUGGUCUGUGGCCCCCUGUGUACGGAGCCAGGGGCCCCCCCUCUCACAUGCAGCACCCCGCUGUGUACUCUCGCUCCCCGUUUCUACGGCAACAGGAGCUCUACGCCCUGCAGCAGCAUCAGCACCAGCAACAGCAGCAUCACCAUCAGCAUCAUCAUCAUCAUCAUCACCAUCAGCAGCAACCGCAACAGCAGCACAGAGAGACACAGGCCAUAGAGCUACAGCACAGACACAGCCACUCACAGGUGCAGAAGAAACCGGAGGAGCCCCCGAUGGAGCUGGAAGACCUGCUGCAGGAGCCCAGAACCCCAAAACCCGCAAAGCCCUUCUCCUUCACCCCGUCCAAUAAGAACACCCCGUCCCCCGGGGCCUGCUCUGCCCACCUGUCCCCCUGCUGUCGCUCUCCUUCCCUGCGCCCCCACCCCAAAAGUACGCCCUGCACGCCCUGCCCCGCCCCCAGCCCGGCCGCCGCUGCCCCGCACUCUCCCGCCCUCAGCCCCGCCCCCCCACACGCCUCCAAAGGGGUCGAGUCGCAAGACAAACGAGGGGAGGGACAGCCACUGCAGGAUUACCCACAAUCCCUGGAGCCUGAUUUACCACCUGGCUACACCUAUCCAGCCAUCGCCAUGGGUUACAGAAGUGGCCCGUCCCCCCAGGACGUCCGAUUGGCCGAGCCUGCGGAUCUUGAGGCAGUGCAGGUGGAGCCAGCAGAGCCGGCCCCUCGGCCAAUCCCUGACCUCACGGAUGACUGCGAGCAGGAGGUGGGGCUGAGGGCACUCCCAGAACAGCAGGAUGAAGAAGAGGAAGAGGCGGCCCGGGGGGUGGAGUCAGGUGGGGGUGGAGUUGUGGAAGUAGGAGGGCUCACCGGCUAUUGUGCCCAAUCAGAACUGGAGCAAGAACAGGAGGAGCUGUUUGCCUGCCCUGCCACAGAGGGCGGGGUUCUGCAAGACACGCCCUGUCCCACCCCUCCAUCUGUGGUGGUAACCCAGGGAGAUGACCUAUCUGUGACCCACGGGAACGGGGUGGAGGAAGAGGCGGUGGAUCAGGUGGAGGCCGCCAUUGAGAAGCCAGAGGAUGGAGGGGUCCUAGAGCCAGAUGCCCCUGUGGACGACGCCCACUCCCCUGGAGCGGCCACGGACGAGGAACAGGGGAGGGGCCUCCCCCCGCGCGAGGGCCAAACCCCGCCCGCUCCUUCCCCUUGCCCCGCCCUCCCCCCGCCCUUCAGCUGCUGGAGCCUGGAGCUCCUGAUCGCCGCCACUCUCUGUGCGGACAGAGACACGCCCCCACCCGCGCCCGCGGCCUCGUCGCUGCCCUGCGGCGCCCCCUUCUGGCCCAGCCAUCACGGCAUGGAGCUCCUGAGCGAGCUGGCCGAGCUGGAGAGGCAACAGCACUGCAGCGGCGCCAGCCAGGGAGAGGAGGAGUUGACCUUUGACCUCCAGAGCCUGGCCACCCUGGCAGCCGCCCGGGCGCUGGAGAUGGAGCCCCAGGAGGGCGUGGCAGAGGGCGCGGGGCGACACUGCCCGGUCCGCAGGACCCUCAACCUGCGCAGGAAGUGCACCUGGACGCCACGUCACGAACCGGUCUUUCCAGUGAAGGGUGCCAUGGAGACGAUGGACGGGCCGGAGCUGGCCAUGCGGGUGCGUCUGGCGGAGCUGCAGAGGCGCUAUAAGGAGAAGCAGAGGGAGCUGGCCAAGCUGCAGAGGAAGCACGAGCACCAGAAGGAGGAGACCCCGCGCAGCCCUGCUCGGCGAGGACCCGGCCGCCCCCGCAAGCGGAAGUCCACCCCCGGGCCUCUUCCCGGCGCUGUGCCCCCGGCCGAUUCGCCGAGGAGAGUCAAGUCUCUGGGGGGGCUCGGCCUGUUGCCUGACGACCUGAGAGGGGGCGGAGAGACUCCGAGGAAGAAGAGGAGGCUGUCCAAUGGGAGCUUUGACCAGCUGAGCGCGGCGCAGAUGAAGGGGCGAUGCUGUAAGCAGAACGGGCGUCAGGGCGUACUCGGGUCCAAGCUGGCCCAGUUCAAACAGAGGCCCAAAACGGCCGUGGGGCCGGGGUUCCGCCGACGGGGCACCCCUGGGUCCAGCGUGGGACCCGCGCGACUGUGCCAGAGGGGCCCCAAGUCUGAGCACAGACUCAGCGUGGAGUCUGGGGGCCAAAGUGACACAGAGGAAGAUGAGGAUGAAUGCAGCUAUGACAGUGAGGACGGGCCGGGUGACAUUAAAGCGAUGCCUUCAAAGGACACUUCCGCAAGUUUGGCCAUGACUGGCCCCUCCCCGUCCUCCAUUGUGAAGCUGGAAGCCAAUCAGAAAGCUCGGAACAAGAAAGAGAGACAGGGACUUCAUGGGUCGCACGGCGUGGCCGGCGCGGAAGGCGAGGUGAAGGUGAGGGCGAAGAAGAGCGCCCUCCGCAGGCCGGCGCCCCUGGCCGCGGCCAGGAGGGAGCCGCCGGGGGCGAGGAGGAAGCGCGGGCCCAAGCCCAAGGCGCUGCAGCCGCUGUGGGGGAGGCCGGGGCCCGGGGGCGGGCCCUACCGGCGCGCGGCGGCGCUCGGGAGCCUGCCCACGGCGAGCGAGCGGCUGAAGAGGGCCACGCGCAAGAGCACGGCGCUGCGGGGGCUGCCCGGGGCGGUGAGCGCGAGGAGAAGCUGUUGGAUUGGCCGGGCACAGUCUCCCUCCAGUGAGGAGAACAGCAGGGACAGGAGAGGCAGGAGCAAGCAGCCUAAGGGCCGUGCGGUGAGUCGGCUGCUGGAGAGCUUUGCGGCGGACGAGGGCUUCCGGAUGGACGAGGACGGCAGCUUCUCUGAGGGAGAAGGGGACAGCAGCCACUCAAAGCGGCCCUCCAAUCCGCAGAGGAGCCCCCCAGCUGCCCCUGACUGUGUUCUGACCAAAGAGCGGCUGGCGGACGGACUGAAGGUGUUGAUCUCCAAGGAGGACGAGCUGCUGUAUGCUGCCACCGUCCGAACACUGGAACUGCCUGACAUCUACAGUGUUGUGAUUGAUGGGGAGAGAGGAAACCGCCCCAGAAUCUACUCCCUGGAACAACUCCUUCAAGAAGCGGUCCUGGACGUGCGUCCGGAGACGGAGCUGAUGGUGCCGGCGGGGACGCGGGUGUGCGCGUACUGGAGCGAGCGCUCGCGGUGCCUGUAUCCCGGAUACGUGCGCAGAGGGGGCGCCGGUGAGGAGGGCAAGGAGGGAAGCGUUAUGGUGGAGUUUGACGAUGGAGACAGAGGUCGGAUCUCUCUGCCCAACAUCCGCCUCCUCCCGCCAGACUACCAGAUUCACUGUGCGGAACCGUCCCCUGCCCUGCUGGUCUCCGGACGCCGCGGCCGCAGAAGCUCCGCCCAGGAGAAGUCGACGCCCAGCGACGCAUCGUCCGAGAAGCCGGACGCGGAGACGAUCCAGACUGUGGAGAAGACGGCCAUCCACAAGGCCAGGAGAGGCCGACCGAAAGGCUCAGGGAAGAAGAACCCCAUGUCAGACAUGGUGAAAAAGUGCAGCGCCCCACUCUUCAGCUGGCCCGCCAUGGCCGCCCCCCGAAAGAGGACCCCGCACGACCUCUUCCAGCUGAACGGGGGCCCCAGGAGGCCCCUGAAGGGCCGCGAUCUGGAGGCCUUCCCGCUGGCGCCGGCCCCCAUCGCCGCCCCGGCCAAGGCCAUCUUCAGCAGCUCCUUCGAGGUGGACUCCUUCAGCAGCAUCGCCAACGGCUACUCCUCCUUCGGCCGCCAGCCUGCCGCGCUGCCCCCCCUCACCAGCAACAGCGCCCCCUGCAGCCGGGGCAGGAGGCCCGGCGAGGGGGACGCCCCGCGGUGCAGGAAGACCGGGGGCGCCGAGUUCCUGGUCAAACUGGACCACGAGGGCGUGACGGCCCCCAAGACCAAGAACAGCAAGGCCUUGCUGUUGCUGGGGGCGACGGGGCCGGGGGGCAGAGUGGAGAAGGGUUUCGGGGGCAGGGGCGUGUCUCGCCCCGUGGGUUACUCCCACCCGGUCCUGCUGGUGAAGGACAGCAAGACCGGCGACGGCACCCGCGUGGAGCUCCUCCUGAAGGGGUCGUCCCCGCUGCAAAAGCCCGCCCCCGGCCCCGCCCCCGGCCCCGCCCUCUCCCUGGGCGAGUACGCCGACUUCGGCAUCAGCUGCCACAGCGACUGCCACAGCUCUUACUCGGACAUGGACGAGGACGAAGAGGAGGAGGAGGAAGAGGAGAGGAGGGCUCUGGCCGCCGCCGCCGCCUCGGGAGGGCUUAGGACGGCCGGCCGCUUCCUCUCCCGCCUCUCCGUCUCCUCCUCUUCCUCCGCCUCCUCCAGCACGUCUUCCUCCGGCUCCCUGUCCAGCUCCUCGCUCUGCUCCUCGGAGAACGACUCCUCCUACAGCUCGGAGGACGAGGAGGGCUCCACGCUGCUCCUGCAGGGCUGCCUCUCCUCCCACCACGCGCUGCUGCAGCCGCCCGAGCCGCCCCCGCCGCAGCGGGCCUUCGUCGCCAAGGCCGUGGCGGUCACCAGGGGCGGGGCCGUCGGGCACGGCGUCGGCGGCGGCAAGCCGCUGAAGAGGAAGCCGUGCCCCGCGGCCCCCGUCAAGAGCGCCGGCGAGGCCGACGAGUCCGGCGACGGGCCCAAGCGGCACCGGCUGCCGCCGCCGGUCGGACACCCCAUCCCCAAAAUCUCCUCCUUCCUGCCCCCCCACCAGCUCUGGAGGUGGUCUGGGAACCCCACACAGAGACGGGGGAUGAAGGGGAAAGCGCGCAAGCUCUUCUACAAAGCCAUCGUGCGCGGGCGGGACACGGUGCGCGUGGGCGACUGCGCCAUCUUCCUCUCCUCCGGCCGCCCCCACCUGCCCUACGUCGGCCGCAUCGAGAGCUUCUGGGAGUCCUGGGCCAACAUGGUGGUGAAGGUCAAGUGGUUUUACCAUCCGGAGGAGACCAAGAUGGGCAAGAGGCACCGCGAUGGCAAGCAUGCCCUGUACCAGUCGUCUCACGAGGAUGAGAACGACGUGCAGACCAUCUCGCACCGGUGCCAGGUGGUGAGCCGGGAGGAGUACGAGCGUCUGAGCCGAGACAGGAAGCUGUCCGGCGCCGGGCCGGGCCAGGACCUCUACUACCUGGCCGGCACCUACGACCCCGGCAGCGGCCAGCUGGUCAGCGCGGACGGCGUGUCCAUCCUGUGCUAGCAAGAGGCCACCCCCUCGGGCAGUACUACUGACAGGCCUCUCCCCAUUGGCUCAGGCUGGCCGGGACGGGGCGGAGCGUUCGCGGUUUUCAUCGACAGGUGGCGGUGUGACUGUGAGGCGCCAAACGGCCCGCCCACGGGGAAGUCGCCGUGAUUGGCGGCGGGAGCGCCCAAUCGGAGGGCUCCGGCUCAGCCGUAUCUCAGGCCCCGCCCCCGAAGCCCUCUGCGUCACGGCGCGCGAGCGCCGGAGGAGGAGCGGGCGACGCCACCGCGAGACGAUCCCCGAAAACGCCAGGCCAAUCCGAGGCCCCGGAGAUCCUCAGAGUUCCCCAGAGGGAGGGAAGAAGAACGAACCCUCGAAGCGCGGGGAACGUGACCGCCCGAUCCCAACCGCGCUCCUCCGGCAGGACCGCGCUCGCCGAACUGACACCGCCCCGGGGGGGGGGGGGGUCCGGGCGUGACCAGGGGCGUUGGGACGGGUCACCCUCACCACACCAGUGAGGAUGUGCACCCCAGGAGCCCCAAACCUCACUGAUAAUUCCAGGGAUGUUUUUAAUGUGUAGUUAUGUAAAUAUAUACAUAAAUAUACAUAUAUAUAUAUAUAUAUAUAAAUAUAUAUAUAAAUAUAAAUAAAUAAUUUCUUGAGAGUAAGAAUGAUUUUCCAAUCAAGCCAUACACUUCAGUACCUCUUGCCUGUCUUCUGAAUCAGGUGAAUAUUGUACAGGAUAUUUAUCUGUUCUCUUUGUCCAUAUGUAUAUAAAAAGGUAUUGUAUAAAUAUGACUAUAUGUAUGCUGUACAUAGAGAAUUGAAUUCCUCUCGCAAUGUUUUUUGAUGGUGUUAUUUUUUUAUGAUUGGUGAAUAUUGAUUCGGAUUUUUUUUGGAAAGAGAAAUCCUGCACUGGACCCCCCUCCUGCGGAGGUGGGGGGAGAGGGAGAACGCUGUAGUGAAAGAAGACUUCUCUCAGGGCCUUUCUUUAAAUCCAGAAAAGAGAAACUGCCCGCAAGGAGGAGAGGGCUCCUGUUAACAAAAACAAAAACAAAAAAAAAAAGUCAUGGGUCAUAGGUCAUAGGUCAUUUGUCAAGUGGCUUUCUGUAACCGCCUCAUAGUGCGCGCGUGUGUGUGUGCGCGUGCGUGUGUGCUUGAGUGCUUGAGUGCUUGAGUGCGUGAGUGUGUGAGCAUGUAUGUGUGCGUUUGUAGUUCUCUUUUCUUUUUUUUCUUUUUUUUUUUCUUUUUUAUUUAUGCUUUAUGCUGUUUCACAUUGGCAGUGCUGCUUUGAGGAGCAGAAUGGCUGUAGCCCUGAAAGUUGAGACCAGGGAGAGACACUAAGCGCCCGCGUCCCCCGUCCCCACACUGAGGCUGCACGCUCUCGCUCGGCGGGCAGUGUGGUCGCGGUAAAGAGAAAGCUAAAAUGUCGCCUACUUUCUUGAAACACUUGUACGACUUUCCUACCUUGCUGUUACUUAAGGAUCUCUUUUUUAAAAAAAGAAAAAGAAAAAUCCAAAUCCCCCUCUCGAUUGUAAUUUCUCUAUAAUUUGGAAAAGAGACUUGAGAAUUAACACAGGGUUAACAAGAUCUGGUUUAAAAAAAUAAUAAUUUAAAAAAACCAAAGCGCCUGUAGGACUUUGUUAUAAUGGAUAUGCUUGGAAGUACAAUCUGGGAUCUUAAGAGAUCCAGGGCCCCCAGCAAUCGGAUUGGCUCACGUAUUGUAAUUAUUCCGGAACCCUGCGCCUUGUUUUGGAGCCGUUUAGCACGUAGCUUCCAGGCUUUCUGCCCGAUGAGCAAGGCUCUGCGAACGCGGAACUGUGCACCGACAUGCUUCCCCAGCGCCGCGGGAGCGUCGGUCGUCGGUAGGCCGUGCGAUGCAGGGGCAUCUGAUGGUCCCGUGCGCGGGCUCCCACUUCCCCAGCCGUGAAGGACAAUCAGGUUAAAGGUCCCGUACGCUCUGUCAAUCAAAAAGUUGCUUGUUGCUUCUUCUGUUCUUUUUUUUUUUCUUUCUUUAUUUUUGCUCUUGCCAAAUGCAUAUUUUGUUUCUUGCCUUUGUUAUUGUUGUUGUUGUUGUUGUUGUUCAGUAUGCAAUCCUGACUGUUUUCAAAGUCUGCUUAAUGUUUUUUUUUAUUUUUUUUUUUUAGAUUUUUACCAUGAACUCUUAUUUAUUGCUUAAUGUUGCUGUUACAUUGCGAAACCGAUAGCUUUAAAAGAGAGAGAGAGAAAAACUGCUGUUAUACUUACAGUGUUUGUGAUGUCACUUUGUGUUCCGCCUUUACAAAGAAAGGUUGUUUGAUGGAGUCCUUAAUUGAUGGAGUAAAAAAAAAAAAGAAGGAAAUAUGUUCUGAAAUAAAAGCGCAUUCAGCACUUCAAAAUU